GUAACGCUGCCCGGGGGGGGGGGGGCGGGGGGAGAGUGGAGCCGAGCCCAGCCUGAGCUUGAGGCGAGCCAAGCCCAGCCUGAGGCAGGGACACCCCCACAAACAGUCACAUCAGCCCAGCCCGCACCCACAAUAACAUGGACUCGGACGAGGGCUACAUGUACGACGAGGAUGAGUACAGCGAGGAGAGCGAGCCCGAGGAUAACUUCGAGAUCGGUGAGGUGGAGAUGCAGGAGCCUGGCCUGGAGCCCGGCCAGGACGGCGACGGGGUCGGCGGUGGAGGCGGCGGCCUUGGAGGCCUAGGCGGGCUGGGCGGCCUCGGCGCCGAGCAGGAGGAAGAGGAUUACCGCUACGAGGUGCUGAGCGCCGAGCAGAUCGUCCAGCACAUGGUGGAGUGUAUCCGCGAGGUCAACGAGGUCAUCGAGAAUCCAGCCACAAUCACAAGGAUACUUCUCAGCCACUUCAACUGGGAUAAGGAGAAACUAAUGGAAAGAUACUUUGAUGGAAACUUGGAGAAACUUUUUGCAGAAUGUCAUGUAGUAAACCCUUAUAAAAAGUCUCGAACACGUCAGAUGAACACACGAUCAUCCUCACAAGAUAUGGUUUGUGCGAUCUGCUACCUGAAUUAUCCUAACUCGUACUUCACAGGCUUAGAGUGUGGUCAUAAAUUCUGUAUGCAGUGCUGGAAUGAAUACUUAACUACAAAGAUCAUAGAAGAAGGUAUGGGUCAGACUAUAUCAUGCCCAGCUCACGGCUGUGAUAUCCUGGUUGAUGAUAACACAGUUAUGCGUUUGAUCACAGAUUCCAAAGUCAAGUUGAAGUACCAGCAUUUAAUAACCAACAGUUUUGUAGAGUGCAAUCGAUUGUUAAAAUGGUGCCCUGCUCCUGACUGUCACCACGUUAUUAAAGUCCAAUAUCCUGAUGCAAAACCAGUGCGCUGUAAAUGUGGGCGGCAGUUCUGCUUCAACUGUGCUGAGAAUUGGCAUGAUCCUGUUAAAUGCAAGUGGUUGAAGAAGUGGAUAAAGAAGUGUGAUGAUGACAGUGAAACUUCCAAUUGGAUUGCAGCAAACACUAAGGAAUGUCCAAAAUGCCAUGUGACCAUUGAAAAGGAUGGUGGGUGCAAUCACAUGGUUUGUCGCAAUCAGAAUUGUAAAGCGGAAUUCUGUUGGGUCUGCCUUGGACCCUGGGAGCCACAUGGAUCUGCCUGGUAUAACUGCAACCGUUACAACGAAGAUGACGCAAAGGCUGCCAGGGAUGCCCAGGAGCGUUCUCGAGCAGCACUCCAGCGGUACCUAUUCUACUGCAACCGUUACAUGAACCACAUGCAGAGCCUGCGGUUUGAGCACAAGCUGUAUGCUCAGGUCAAGCAGAAGAUGGAGGAAAUGCAGCAACACAAUAUGUCUUGGAUUGAGGUGCAGUUCCUGAAGAAAGCUGUGGAUGUGCUCUGUCAGUGUCGUGCCACGUUAAUGUACACAUACGUCUUUGCUUUCUACCUCAGAAAGAACAACCAGUCCAUUAUCUUUGAGAACAAUCAGGCAGAUCUGGAGAAUGCAACAGAAGUACUGUCUGGCUAUCUGGAGAGGGACAUAUCCCAGGAUUCCCUACAGGACAUCAAACAGAAAGUACAAGACAAGUACAGAUAUUGUGAGAGCCGGAGGAAGGUGUUGCUACAGCAUGUGCACGAAGGCUAUGAGAAAGACCUUUGGGAGUAUAUCGAGGACUGAGGCUCAGCUUACAAUGAACUGUCAACCCGUUAGCAACAGAGUGCUGAUGCAAAUAAAGUGGGCGGCACUGGCCCUUGCAGACACUGCUGGAGUUCUACCCUACUUUUUGUUAAUGGAAAGUUUAAGUAAAUUAUAUUGUAAUAAAAAAAGUAGAUAAAACCACAAAAUGUACAACAGUAUUGUAAGUGGAUGAAGGGUAUGACACACUAAAAACCCUCCAACUUUAAUCUGUAAUGUAGCUACAUUCUGAGAGCUGAACCAUUUUCUGUUUCCUUUCAUUUAUUCAUUUUUCUCUGUGUGUAGUAAUUGAACUGAAACUGUUUUGACCUGGCUUCUCUUUUUCCAGCCAGACAUUAAUUGUAUGUAGGUUCCCUGUUUGUGAAUGUUGAUUGGCUAACUGUAAGGCAGCGCUCUGGGGGAAUAUCUUUGUAUAUGACUUUUAAAAGGAGGACACAGUAUUUUUCAAAUUGUAUAUAGCGCAUAUGCAUGGUUGAGCGAGAGCAAGCGUGGCACGUGUUUGCAUAAUGUUUAAUUACAAAAAAUAUUUAUUCUUUAAAAACCUUCAAGAAUAUGUAUAUUUGCUGUGCAGUUUAUUUAGGUUUGCUAACCUUUGACCUCAACGCUGUUAGUGGAAUGUGAAUUUAAUUUUCUGCUUUUUUAAACAAAACAAGUUUUUACCUUGCAAUUUUCCGUAGUACUACAUGUAGACUCAAGCUGAGACCUGGUGCUGUCGAGUUUCCCUGAUAUUUACCUCCUUCCCAUACCCUCCAACCCUUUUGCCUCAAAAAAAACAUUCGUCAUUGCUGCUUUUCUACCCUGCUGCAUCUUCCUGCUAAUGACAGUCACCUCCAGCUUCAGUAGAAGCACUUAGUACCUUCCAUUUAUUUGCUGUAUAAAAAUUUUAAAAAAUACCCGUAAAAUUGUACAGAACUCGUCAGGUUAUUAGACCAGUACAGGUAGUUAACAUUUGGAAGAGAACAGCACCCAGCGUGUGUGUCUGUGUCUCUCUGUCCUCUCUCCUGAAUACUCUUUCCUCUCUCCCUCUCUCCCUCUCUCCUGAAUUCUCUGUUGUCAUCCCCCUCUCCUCUGUCCCCCCCUCCCCUGUGUGUCUUCCCCUCUCCUCUGUCUCUCCUCCCCCCCUCCUCUGUCUCUCCUCCCCCCCCUCCUCUGUCUCUCCUCCCCCCCCUCCUCUGUC